AUGAGAUGCGGGUGUUUGCGGAGAAGACGGGCUUCCAAGGCAGCGACCAUGAGUGGGCGCAGGAGAGUUUGCCUCCCUCUGCGGCAGCUGCCUGGGCGGCUGCGUGAGCCUGGACGCGUUCGCCUCCCUGGUGGACGACCAGAGCGACGCCGGCUGCUUCUGCAGCGUCGACGAGCUGGAGGUCCUGUUGGCCGAGGUCGAGCGGGCACGCCAGGAGAGCGCACGCGGCUGGGCGGCGGCCCGUCCCCGCCCCCGCGGGCCGCGCCCCGCGCCGCCGGGGCGCCACCAGCGCCGCUUGCACCGGGCACGCGCGCUUUCCACGAGGAGGGGAGAGAGCCAGCCGCGGCCGCGCCGGUGGACCACGCGGCCGCGUCGGGCGGCGCCGCCGCCGCCGCCGCCGCCCAGGCCGAGGCGCAUGCCCCGCCGCGUGCGCAGCUCGUGCGGGCGGCGUUCGCGAGGUUCGACGCCGACGGCGACGGCGUCCUGAGCGAGAGCGAGAUGCGCGCCUUCGCCGUGGUGACGGGCUUCGACGGGACGGAGGCCGACUGGGCAGAGGAGAGUACCGGCUGCUCUGCGCGGCUGGCGGCGGCGCGAUCGACUUAUCGCGCUUCGCGGAGCUCCUGGACGACGCCUCCGCGGGCGGCUGCUUCUGCAGCCGACGACGAGCUGCUGGCGGUGCUGGGCCACGGCGGCGCGGGCGCCGGCGGCGCUCCCGACACCAGCGAACGCCUGGACCGUCAGGAUUUGUCUCGGGCGGUGUUUUUCGCCCUCGACCGCGACGGCGAUGGCGCCCUGAGCGAGGCGGAGAUGCGGCGCUUCGCGGCGCAGACGGGCUUCGAGGGGAGCCCGGAGGAACUCGAGUGGUCCACCGAGUACCGCGCCCUCUGCCUCGAGCGCGGGGCCACGCGCGGGCUCGACCUCGCUGUGUUCCGGGGCCUCGUGGACGACAAGAGCGCGGCCGGCUGCCAUUGCAGCGACCAGCAGCUGGCGGAGAUCGCCCACGCCCUGCAGGCCGACCGCGGAGGCGAUGCGGCCACCGGCGCCUCGCAGCCGAACCGCGGCGCCCACGACCUGCGCGGUGAGCUGGCGCGGGCCGUGUUCGCUCUGCUGGACGGCGACGGCGACGGGCGCCUCGCGGAGGCGGACAUGCGCUCGUUCGCCACGCUCGUCGGGUUCGACGGGGACGCGGCGGCGUGGGCCACGGAGUACCGGCAGCUGGCCGCCGACCGGGGCUUCCCGCCCGCCGUUGGCGCCAGCCUCGGGGACUUCCUCGCGCUGAUCGACGACCGGAGCGAGAGCGGCUCCUUCGUCUCCGACGAGCACCUUCAGCUCAUCGUGGACGAGCUCGGCCCGCGCCCGCCGCUGCAAUCUCAGACUCUGGCCGCGGUGCCGCUGCAGCGCGACGAGCUCGUGGGCGCCAUCUUCGCCCGGUGCGACGCCGACGGGGACGGCCUCCUGAACGAGCGCGAGAUGCUGGUCUUCGUCCGGCACGCGGGCUUCGACGGCAGCUUAGUGGAGUGGGCCGGUGAGUACCGGUCCCUCUGCAGGGACAACCACGUCGACCCCGAGGUUGGCAUCACUUCCUCUCUCCUGAAAACAGUAGUCAGCGAUCUGUCGGACUGCGGGCUGUACUGCAAGGACGAGGAACUGCGGGACAUGCUGGCCAGCAUCGAAGUCGAGGCCGCGGCGCCUCGCGCGGCCCGCGAGCCGUCGACAACCCAGGGCUAA